UCUUUCCGAGGGCGGCCCGGCGCCGGCCCCCAGCCCCGUCCCGCCCUCGGAGGCGGCGGCGGCGGCGGCGGCGGCGGCGGGCGGCAUGGCGGCGCUGCGGGACUGCAAGGCGUGGCAGGAUGUGGGACUUUCCCUUUCAACCACAAAUAAUGAGGCUUGUAAAAUGUUUGAUGCUGCGUUGACUCAGUAUGUCACUUGGACGAACGAUCAGAGUCUUGGGGGCCUCGAAGGAACCUUCUCAAAACUACAUGCUGCAGAUCCUAACUUUGUCAUGGGCCAUGCGAUUGCCAAUGGCUUGGUCCUGGUUGGCACUGGCAGUUCGGUGCGGCUGGACAGGAAACUGGAUGAUGCCAUCAAGAAAAUGGUGUCGCUCUCACACUCCCAGCCAUUGACCAAGCGGGAGAAAAUGCACGUCUCUGCCCUGGAGCUCUUCGCUCACGGGCAGAUUGUUAGAGCCUGUGACACGUGGGAACAAAUCCUACAGAGCAAUCCAACUGACAUGCUGGCCCUAAAAUUUGCCCAUGAUGGUUAUUUUUAUUUGGGAAGCCAGACUCAAAUGAGAGAUUCAAUUGCCCGGGUUUAUCCUCAUUGGACCCCAGAUAUUCCGCUUAGUAGCUACAUUAAAGGCAUGUAUGCCUUUGGAUUGGUCGAAACCAAUUUCUUUGACCGCGCUGAGAAGCUGGCCUACGAGGCUUUAGCCAUCAAUCAGAGAGACGCGUGGUCCAUCCAUGCUUUGGCUCAUGUGAAUGAAAUGAAGGCGGAUCUGAGGAGCGGGCUGGCAUUCAUGAAGCAGACGGAAAACAACUGGAAGGACAGUGAUAUGCUUGCUUGCCACAAUUACUGGCACUGGGCUUUAUAUUUUAUUGAAAAGGGUGACUACGAGGCUGCUUUGACAAUUUAUGAUACCCAUAUUGCUCCCAGGUGCCAGCUGAGCGGGACCAUGUUGGAUAUUGUUGACAAUUGUUCCAUGCUAUUUAGGCUUGAAUUAGAAGGGGUUAAGGUGGGCGACAGAUGGAAAGAAGUAAACCAGCUGACGAAGAAACACGCACAGGACCACAUCCUCAUCUUUAACGAUGCUCAUAUUCUGAUGGCCUCCUUGGGUGCUCAGGAUCAAAACACGUCCAAUGAGCUUCUGACCACUUUGCAGGACCUGGCCCGGACUCCUAAGGAAGACCACGAGCUGAGCCUGGUUCCAAAAUUGGGGCUGCCCCUUCUGCAAGCCUUUGUGGAGUUUGAGAAAGGACAUUAUGACAAGGCAGUGGAACUGCUGUAUCCCAUUCGAUACCAGAUUGUGGAAAUAGGAGGGAGCAAUGCCCAGAGAGAUAUUUUUGCCCAGUUGCUGAUUCAUGCUGCUUUAAACAGUAAAUCUAAAGCUAACCAAAAACUUGCUAGAUGCCUCCUUAUAGAACGUGAUGAACUCAGACCAAAUUCGCCAUUAACUGAACGACUGAUGCGGAAAACAGUAGCUCUUCAUGCCCUGGGAUAAGCCCAACAUUUUGUACAAGUUUCGAGCCAAGGAGAUAGUUGGUGUCCAGACUUGCAUAAAUCCCAAACUAACACAGGUCUUAGGAAAGUAGUAUUUUGGAGAUUUACCCUUGCUUAAUUUUGUCCUGUCUUGAUCUUGUCCUACUUAGUUUAUUGAAUGAGGGCUGUUCCCGUGCUUCUCUACAGAAGCAAAAUGCAGCCAGAUAAAGAGGGUAUCUGCUCAUGUUCUGUUGGCAAUGCUAAUUUACAAAUAAUACUAUUAAAAAGAAUCAGUGGGGUACAAUUAAAUGCUUCUGGCCUGCAGAGCCAUAAGCCAAACAUUUGUUCAGAAAGCACAGAUGUAUUGCCUGUUAAAUUCUGGAUGUCAAAUGUAUAGAUGCGCACAAUCAUUUUAUGUAAUAAAUAUGUCAAUGAGAAGUACCAUCAAAA